UCCACAGCCAUUCGGAAAAGAACACGUCAGCAGAAAGGAAAACCAGUUGGUCGCUAUUGCAAAGGUGGAUGAGAAAAUUGCGUGAGACGGAACCAGAAAACCCCGAGUCGGAGGCGAUGAAGAGGUCCAAACCCGCAGAGCGUCCGAGAAGCGCAGUCGAAGCCCAUGAGACGACCUAAAAUAAACACAAGUUAAAGCAAGGAAAAGCGAUGCAAAUCUAAGUGGAAAAGCGCUUUUCACAAUUGACCCAGCACACGCAGCAGUUAUUGAUUUACACCCAAUCAGUUAGCCAUGGCCCCCACAGCGAAUACAGUGCUCAUAGCCGUGCCGCGGACAGCAAUCACAUCGAAUAAUCUGCCCAAACUGCGCCCCGCCCCCUUGACAGCGGCGCUGCUAAAGGCGGCGGCGGCGACCACGCCCUCCGCCUCGCCGACGCCCUCGAGCUCGGGAUACGCAUCCUCAACCAACAUGGAGGACGACAGCCUGGCUGCCUCGCCGCCCAAGGCCAAGAAGCGUCGCCUAGACCAUCUGACCUGGGAGGAGAAAGUGCAGAGAAAGAAGCUAAAGAACCGAGUAGCCGCCCAAACAUCGCGCGACCGCAAGAAGGCACGCAUGGAGGAGAUGGACUACGAGAUCAAGGAACUCACUGACAAGACAGAAAUACUACAGAAUAAAUGCGACAGCCUACAGGCCAUCAACGAGUCGCUGCUGGCCAAGAACCACAAGCUCGACUCGGAGCUGGAGCUCCUGCGCCAGGAACUCGCCGAACUGAGGCAACAACAGCAGCACAACACCAGAAGCAUCAGCCAAUCCAUCGCCAUCGCAGGCGCUGAGGGCUGUGCGUCCACACACCUUGGAUCUGCAGCAUCCAAAGCUGACUCUGCCGCAGGGUAUACAACAGGUGGACACACAGUCGUCAGCGCGUCCGCUGGCGGAGCAGCUGAAGAGCAGCAAGAGCCUGGCCUCACUCUGGAAGGUUGUGGCCCUCUGCCUUCUCUACAAGACCUGCUUGGCGACGACGAAGAGUUCGACGUCAAGCGCCUCGAAGAGUUGGCCGAAAGUCUGCUCGCAGAUAUCACAACAGACCUGGAAACAGGCGCUGGAGCGAGCAGCCCAGCUGCUGCCGAAGAUUCAGGCAACGCAGAGCGACUGCUUGGACCAGUGGUGGGGACCGCAGCAGAGCGCCUGGAAUCCGACGGGCAUAGAGGUGAUGGCCUGAAGGAGGAACAGCAACCGGAGGAGCACGAGCACAACAACAGCAUAAAUGUGCAGAUGUUGGAGAUGAAUGGAAACCCACAGCAGGCGACAGGAGCGCCAGCCUCAACGAUAGCCACAAUCAAAGCCACAGCGGCCGCCUCUCUACUACAGGCCACUCCGGACACAGUGUACGGCAACUACGAUGCCAAGACGAAUUCGAUCACCAUCGUGAUGGACGGCGAUGCGGUGCCGGUGAAUGAGGCCGUUGAGGAGAUCUACUGUGAUGGCGUCACCGCUGGCGACGACGCGACGGACGUGAUCAUGAAGUGUCCGCCGCCAGCGACGUCUCCGUCACAGGUCUACCUCAAUGUGGUGAACGCCACCGACGAUUCGGACGACGAGGACAGCUUCGAUCCCAUCGAGCGGUUCCUCCGUCCGCGCGUCAAGGCGAUCUCCCCGCUGGCCAAAUCACCCGCAUUGUCCCUCCACUCGGCCACCUCGGACCAUGGCUACGAGUCCAUACUGGGCUCACCCAUGUCCUCGGCCUUGACGUUGCCCACGGACGAGGAUGAUUUCUCGUGGGAGAGCAACUUCGACGAGCUGUUCCCCAGUUUGAUUUAAGUUUGAAAACUUAGUUCUGUCUCUCUUGUAUUGUUAAGUUUGGCCGGCCGCCGUUUGUUUAAGUGUCUUAGUUGAUAGGCUGUAAAUACAAUCUUAAUCGAAGGCUUUAUAUAUGAUAUUGUAGUUGAGGCGCUAAGUUUAGCUGUAUGUUUCCAUUUAUGUUUAACAAUCUCUAACCACAUAAGCUUACGUUUACUUGUAUUGUGCUCAAAGAAUUUGCGAAAACAUUCGAGAAAAAAAAAUACUAUAUUCAAAAUAUAAACCAAACCAAACCACAA